AGGGGUAGUGUGCGCGAGAAUGGGCGCGAUGAGCUUGGUGGUAUCGCAAACGCAGUCGCAAUCGCCGUUCUUCAUUCCGGCAGGACUCAGCCCUGGAGGGUUGCUCGAAUCGCCGGCGAUGUUUUCGCCUAAUUUGUCAAUGGGCUCUAUGCAGGGAUCCUUUGGAAUCUCACAUCAACAGGCUCUAGCACAAGUCACUGCUCAGGCAUCUCAAUCUCAUUCUCAUAUGUAUGGUCAAGCAGAAUUUCCAUCUUCGCAUCACACAACAACUACGACUACAGUCACACAGCCCACUGGCGGAGCACUCAAUAUGGCAUCAUAUCAACAUAUUCAACCUGCAACAUCAGAUGCAAAUAAUAUGUCUUUUGAAUCUGGAAGGAUUUCUCAUUGUACACAGAGAACCCAACCCCCUGCUGUAGUUGUUGACAAGCCUGUUGAUGAUGGCUACAAUUGGCGGAAGUACGGGCAGAAGCAAGUCAAGGGCAGCGAAUACCCUCGGAGUUACUAUAAAUGUACUCAUCCAAACUGUCCAGUUAAGAAAAAGGUUGAACGCUCUGUUGAGGGUCAAGUAACUGAGAUAAUUUAUAAAGGCCAGCACAAUCAUCAGAAGCCCCCACCUAAUAAGCGUGCAAAAGAAAGUAGCUCCAAUGCAAAUGGAUCCAAUGAGAUAAGUACGAACCAAGAUUAUCCUGAUAAUGCCGAUACUAUUUCACAAUCUAAAAGAGACAGGGAAUCUUGUAAUGAGACAUGUGAGCAGUUAUCUGGAUCGAGUGAUGGUGAGGAGGUCGGUAAUGUUGAAGUGGGGCAGGAUGAAGUGGGGAACAGUGAACCUGAUCCAAAGAGAAGGGUUAUUGAUGGUAGGGCAACAGAAUCAACCUCUUCUCACAGGACAGUCACAGAACCAAGGAUCAUAGUUCAGACAACAAGUGAAGUUGAUCUUCUGGAUGAUGGGUAUAGGUGGCGGAAGUAUGGACAGAAGGUGGUUAAAGGAAACCCUCAUCCCAGGAGUUACUACAAGUGCACUAGUGCAGGAUGCAAUGUUCGAAAGCACGUUGAAAGAGCUUCAACAGACUCCAAAGCUGUGAUAACAACAUACGAAGGAAAACAUAACCACGAUGUGCCUGCAGCUAGAAACAGUAGCCAUAACACUGCUUGCUCCAGUAAUUUUCAGCCAAAACCUCACAAUCCUAUACCCAACCACCAAGCUUUCCCCAGGAGGGAAGACUUGAGAAACACUGUUCAUCGGCCUGUUGCAGUUCUCCAGCUAAAAGAAGAACACAACAUGCCUUGAAAAGUUUCAUGACUGCCCGUUUUAAGUUUGUCGUGUAUUGUUGUAACUUAAUUUUGUUCCUUUUUGUAGUUUUUUGCCUUUACUUUUUUUUUUUCAUUUUUUUGCGGUCAGAUUCUCUAUGAUACAGCAAGUGACACCACACAACACAGUACAGUUAUAUAUCAAUGGAUAAUUUGUAUAUUGUUUUGUUGUUACGUGGAGAUGUUUCAGUCCCUAGUGAUGUUGCACAAUUAAAGAAUUUGAUAUACAGUCCUAACCCGGUGGUCCUGCUUGCU